AAGGAAAAACGGAACAGGGGACCCACCAAAGGGCAAAGCCUCUCAAGCUUUCACCCAUGGGAGGAGCAGCUGGAGUUCCUGGACAGUGAACUUCCAAAAUUUUGGCGGAUUCUCCUCUGCUCAAUUCCCUCCUUCCUCGCCUCCUUCAUCGUCCCAAUUCGAUACCCUCCAAAAAAAAUCAAAUCUUUCCUCGAUUCGAAUUUGAAAUUCGACCCCUUUAAGUCCGAAAUCGAAUUGGGUACACUCCCACCACCUCCUCCUGCGGAACCCUAGGGGAAAAAUGAAGGCUUCCCUGAAGUUCCGGGAGGACCAGAAGCCGCUGAUCCGGGCCAAGGUCCCCCUCAGCAUCCUCGGCCUCCCCUUCCAGUCCGGCGUCGUCGCCGGCGAGCCCCGGGAGCUCGCCCUCAGCCUCGGCACCUCCUUCGACUCCGGCCCCGCCCUCCGCAUCUCCUACCGCCCCAACGACUCCGCCAACCCCUUCUCCCUCGUCGUCCGGACCGGCACCGGUCCGCUCGGCUCCCCGACCGCCAGCUCCAUGUCCAUGUCCGCCGAGUUCAACCUCGUCCACCGCGGGAGCCCCCGGUUCAUGCUCCACUUCCGCCCCGCCCUCGGGGACUUCUCCGUCAAGAAGCUGCAAUCCUCCGAGAGGCCCGCGAAGCCGGGGUUCUGGGGCGGCGGCGGCGGCGCUGGCGCCCGCACCGUCGCCGCGGAGGAGGAGGACGCCACGAUCGAGGUCGUGGAGGCGCCCGCCGCGGUGAACGGCGGGUUCUUGCCGGAGAACGUCACGUUCUUCGGGAAGAGGAUAACGGCCCUGACGCCGGACUCCCCGGCGGGGAUCUUGUCGGGGUUGCUGUCUGGAAUGGAGGUGGCGGCCAGGACUAGGGUGCCGGUGAGGAGGAACGCCGCCGUCAGCUUCCGUUGGGGGGUUAGGGUUCCGGUGGAGAUGGAGGGCGGGGGCGUUCGUCCCGGGUCGGGCUUUAAGCUGACGAAGAUUCCGUUCCUGGUGAUGAACAAGAUCGGGAUUGAGCACGUGGAGAGCACAGAUUCCAAGGCGGCUGCCAAGGCGGUCCCGGAGCCGAAAUUUGCAAGCGGCAUGGACGUGGCAGAGGCUUGCUUCUCGAUGAAGCACCAGCUGGAGAUGUUGCAAGCCGAGAAUGGGUCCCUGAAGAUGGCGAUAGAGGAUAUCCGGCAGGAGUUCUCGGGGAGGAAGUCGAGCUCGCCAGUGGUCGGGUCGGAUUCAAGCAAGUACAGGGAAUUCGAGAGGAAUGGAAACAAGCAUUCCAUCGGUAGACUGGAUAGUAGAGGCAAUGGGAAGAAACCAUCAAUGGAUUCAAGUGCUUAUUCUGGGAAAUCAAUGGAAGCGGAGGAGGAGUCGAAGAAGGCAUUCAAGGGAGCUUCUGGCCCUUGAAUUCGUCGACAUGUUUGGGAGUUUCUAGCGCCAAGGCGCUUUAUGGCUGUGGCAUGGAAGAUGAUAGGCUCAGUGAUUAUAUAUCUACAGUUUUCAGGAUUUUGUUCUUUUUGGAGAUGUCUAUGAAUUGGCUUUUAGCAUUUCUGUUUCCUGGGAAGUGUCUAUUGUAAAUGGGUUUAGAAUAAUGUUCUUUUUGGUUACUGAACUGGAUAGAUGUUUUUUGUUUAUUCAGGUUGCUUCUUCAUCAUUUGUUCAUGGGGAAUAAGUGGCAAUCACCCUUUUUUUUCCCGUAAGGAGUUGCAAUGUAUACAGAUGACGCACAAUCGCUACAUGAUCUGCAAUAUAUCUAUUUGUUAAGAAAGAA